AUGGCAGAUCAUCAACCAUAUGUCACUAUUCGUUCUCGGAGGCCUGUCGAAGGCCCAGGCUCGAGAAGCACUGCUUCUCCUAUGGCUGCGUCUGGUGGAGGAGAUUAUUAUGCCAGAUCCGCGACACACGAUACAAGCCGUACCAGUUUUCACAUGAAACACAUCGGUCAAUUCGCUCAAAGGCUUGAAGAUUCCGCUACCCGUGCAUUUCCCAACCGCGGAAAGUCCUCAGCCAGAUAUAACAAUGUUCAAGUGUUGUUACUGCACUGGAACUCAGAUGAUCUAUUCGUUAUCCCCGAGCUGGAAGAUCUUGAAAAGUGCCUAAACGAGGAUUAUGGUUUCAGUACUGACAUCUUUGCCAUCCCAUCAGAGAACUCACAUCUUGAGUUGAUGAUGCGUAUUGGCCAACUUAUCAAAGAUCAUGAAUCUCAAGAUACCCUUUUUGUCGUAUACUACGGUGGUCACGCCAGAAUAGAUGAGUCCAGGCAAUCCACCUGGUGCGCGACACGAGAAGCGAAUUCUCCGUGGCUUCAAUGGUCUGCCAUUCAAACUCUCCUCGAACGUUCACUGUCGGAUGUUCUUAUUCUGCUGGAUUGCUGCGCCGGAGCCGCGAGUGCGACUUUUCCCAGCGGUGCCAGCAUUACUGAGACUAUCUCAGCCUCGAGCUGGGAUGCCAUCGCUCCAGACCCCGGGCGCUACUCAUUCACAAAUGCUCUGAUCGAGGUGCUUCAAGAGUGGCGUGUUCGUGCCUUCUCCGCUGCUAUGCUCCAUGCUGAAGUACUCGCUCGACUGAAGCAUCCCCGACCCAUCACCAUUAACGGCAAAUACUUUGAAGCUCGUUCUACACCGGUGCAUUUCAUGAUGACUUCUAAUCAUAAAGCUCCCAGUAUCGAAAUGUCUCGCGUAUCCCGUGGCGAUAACUUACCUUCACCCGAGUUGAUGCCCAUGCCUGUGAUGGCACAUGAAACAGGCCGAGCUGCUGAGUCUGCACCUGUUUCACGAAACGACUAUAUGUUCACCGAACCUAACGAAGACACCCCUCAUGUCAUGAUAUCCUUGGCAUUGGAAGACGAUCAGAGGCUUGACAUCAAUGCAUGGGAGCAGUGGCUAAGUGCCUUUCCUGCUAUGGCCAAAUACGUCAAGGUACAAGGUGUUUUCAAGAGCCAUUCGACAAUGCUUCUUGUUUCAAUGCCAGUGUCUAUUUGGGACUUGCUUCCAGAAGAUCAUGCCACGUCUUUUGUAGCCUUUAUCCGUUCUAAUAACAUGAUGACUCAAAAGCCCCGGAACCAAUCCGUUCCCACCUUGGUUUCUGCAAACCGUUACCCUGCUGAGAACGACAGUGCUUCAUUCGUCUCCAAUGUCUCUGGGACGACGUUUGUAGCUACGGAGGCAGCGGGACGGGCUAGUCAGAUGGGAGCUUUUCGCGAUCCCACGUACGGCAGGCAAAGUGACCCCAUGAGAAGCUCUCUUUCACCUAGUCAGCAAUCCUCCUCGCUACACAUACCGCCUCAGAGCUUACCGCAACGUUCUAUGAGACCUAUGCACUCAACGACAUCACUUGCCACACUACAAAGCCAACAGUCGACAUCACCUGUAGGAAGCGGUGGAAAUCUGACGCGUCAGAUGAUUAUGAAUCAACAACAAGCACUACGGCGUACCACAUUCGGGAACGAUGUUCCAGAACCUAAGAAAUUUUCUCCUCAUGUUGAAAAACGUCUUGAGGAAUACUACCAAACCGAGCCAUUACCAAGCGAUGGUCAAAAAGCGUUCUUUGCCUCAAACCUAGGCGUAGAGCCUUGGCAUGUAGAAGUCUGGUUUCAUCAUCGAAGAGAGAGGGAUGCAUUUGCUCAGCGUUUUGCAUCCCUCCGAGUUGAAGACUCCAAGGCCAGGGUUCAUGAAGGCCCGCGCAUGAUCUUACCAGCAGUCCUCGGUGAACUCUUGGAAAUAGCGUUGCCAGGGCAGAGCCUCAUACUCGAUCUUCGGUCAUCGAUGGAAUACCAAAGAUCACAUAUCAAGGGUGCGAUACACUUGCGUGCUCCGCAGUCUUUUAUACGCCCUGCAUCAUUGGACAUGAUUGAGCGGGCUUUUCCCGACGCGCAAAGCAGGAGAACAUUCUCGCGCUGGCAGCAAGCUAGAUGUAUCGUCUUUUACUCUCGUGGCCUUGAGUGCCCAUGGGAAUGCCCAUCUGCAGAGAGCUUGCUUGACAAGUUCUUGGCGUGUGGUUGGAGCGGACGCUGCUUCAUCCUAAAAGGCCAUUAUCGGGAGUUUAGUGACUCAUUCAGCAAGCAUAUCCACCGCGCACAAGAUGAAGGCUUUGAGAGGUCUCUGUCUAAAUCAUCAACCAAUGCCAGCCAGAGCAUGCUGGGAAACGAAAACGAGUUCGCUAAUCUAUUCGCUCGACUUGAGAAAGAGGGUCAUUCACAAAACCUCGGUUCCUCUCCUGGAUACGACAAAGAACGAACUACGGCAUUGGUAGAACAGGAGAGGGUACUCGAGACUGAGUUUCAGAACCAUUUUCCUGCGUUGUUCAGGAAAGCUCAAGACGUCCAUAGCGCCGCUAGACCUGAUAACGACAGCUUUGUCACCAAAGCCCAGAUGGUAGAGUAUCUGGACCGCGGCUUGACGAAAAUUCGAGAUACUCAGGUUCCACAAGCAUCAGCCACUGUUUAUGGAUCAGGGCAUUCCAAGUUCGUAUCCGAGUGUUAUCUUGAGCAACCGAAUAUGAAUCGAGAAUCAGAUGAGUAUGUCGAGGUCGGUCGAGGAGACGAACCAGUGUCAGAUGGAAGCCCUCAAAUGACGAAUAAGGGCAAGGAAAUCCAAGCCAUGGUACCCCCCGAAGACAUAUCCCGAAGGGGACGCGGAGGAGGACUUUUAAACAAAGUGUUCCGGAGGACUUAG